UUUUCUGAGCGCAGAAACAUAAAGGCCUAGACACGCCCCUACGUGGCUUUACGUCCUCCCGCCCGUGACGUAGCGCCUCCUUAUCCUAUCCGUUGUGUCCGUGUGACUGCGCUAGAAAGAAAAGGUUCCGUGUGAUAGAAGCCGGUUUAGCGAUGAAUACCAAGGCUCUUGGAUCGCAGCUGAAGGACAGUAUCCCAAUUGGAGAGCUUUCCACUCAGUAUGGAGGAUAUGGGAUUCAGGAUACUCUCCGUACAGGAUUUUCAAGUGUGCAAAGUGAGCUCAUGCCAAGCCAUCCUCUGGAGCUCUCUGAGAAAAACUUCCAGAUAAACCACGAGAAGGUGAAUCUCUCCACUGUUAGGAAUAUCCAAGGGCUGCACGCUCCUUUAAAACUGCACAUGGAGUUUAAAGCAGUCAAACAGGUCCAGCGUCUCCCAUUCCUUCCCAGUUCCAACAUUGCCUUGGAUACACUGAGGGGAACGGACGAGUGCAUUGGCUUUGAGGAUAUACUCAACGACCCCUCACUAAGCGAGAUGAUGGGAGAGCCGCACUUGAUGAUGGAAUAUAAACUGGGCUUAUUGUAACAUGUUUGUGGGGGAAUAGAUUUUUGUAAAUAAACUACGGGCCAGGGAACGGUUUGAAAGCAAAUAUUUCAGUUUCCAUGAACAAUAAAAACCUGUUUAUUAACGA